CUCUCCAGAAGAAGCGCAAAAAGUCAAGCUCGGCGAGGCCGCCGCCGUGAAAUCCAGACUCAAUCUCCCCGCGGGGCCCAGGUCGGCAGGCUGCGAAGUGUGUCUGGGGCUCCCACCUCUGACGACAAUCCUCUCUGGUUCUCCCACUUCAACAGUCUACCGGGUCAAGGACCGUCAAGAUCUCUCCCUGCAUCAAGUGCAUCGUGGAUCAUGUCUUGGCUCGGUGUGCCUUGCUAGCUCUGUGCAGUCGUACUUCUUUUUUCGAUCCCCUUUGUCGCUGCACCUGACGUAUAAAGUGGGAGGUGUGCGCCAGGUACGUUUUCCCUCUUCUUCCUUUCUCACCUACUAGUCCGCCUUCACCCUCUUCCUCAUCUAUCCGUUCUUGUUCCGCCUGCUCGCCAACGAUGGCAGCUCAAUUGCGCAAGGUCCUCUCCCUCGACGAGAAGAAGCACGAUGGCGACAUCCACGAGACGAGCGACGCGCCUCACAACGGCGACCAUGCUACCCCUACACUCACUGCGGGCAAGGAGGCCGAGCUUCUUGCCCACAGACGACAAGUCGAGAAAAAGUUGAAGCGUAAGCUUGACUUCAUCAUGCUGCCAAUCGUCCUGCUUGUCUAUGUGCUCAACUACAUCGACAGGAACUCGAUCAGUCAAGCCCGUCUAUCUGGACUUGAGAGGGACCUCAAGCUGACCGACGUCCAAUACCAGACGGCGCUUGCCCUCCUCUACCCUCUUUACAUCGCCAUGCAGGUUCCAUCCAACUUGAUGCUCGCCUACUGCGGACGACCCAGCAUUUACCUCGGCACCUUCAUCAUCCUAUGGGGCGUCGUCUCAGGAGCCACUGGCGCAGUCCACUCAUUCCACCAAUUGGCCGCCAUUCGUGUCAUUCUGGGUGCCGUGGAAGCACCUUGGUUCCCCGGAGUUCUCUUCCUCCUUUCGAGGUGGUACACUCGUCGCGAGAUCACUGUCAGGACGGCCUUGUUCUACGCUGCGAGCAUUGCUAGCAACGCCUUCGCAGGUCUCAUCGCCGCCGGCAUUCUGGGCAACAUGGAGGGCGUGAGAGGUAUCGCAGCAUGGCGCUGGCUGUUCAUCAUCAUGGGGGCCAUCACCGUCGGUGUCGGUAUCGGCGUCAUGUUCCUGCUUCCCGACUUCCCUGAGAACACCAAGGUCUGGUUCACCCAGGAGGAGCUUGCCGUAGCCGUGCAGCGUCUCAAGGAGGACGUCGGAGACACGGGCCACGAGGAGCCUCCUUCUCCUUUCAGUGGCUUCAUCCUCGCGGCCAAGGACAUCAAGGUCUGGAUCCUCACGCUCAUGCUCUUUGCGGUCACCCUCGGCUGCAGUUUCAAUGCCUUCUUCCCUACAUUGGUCGGGACUCUUGGUUAUGGCAAGAUUGAGACGCUGCUCAUCACCGUUCCGCCUUGGUUUGUGGCCUUCGUCGCUGUCUACCUCAACGCUCUACAUGCCGACCGUAAGGGAGAGCGCUUUUGGCACAUGGCCGGCCCGCUCGUCGUGGGCAUCAUUGGCUUCAUCAUCGCUGCCUCUACCAAGGCCGUUGGUGCUCGCUUCUUUGGUAUCUUUGUCAUGGCCUCUAGCUACGCAGGGUACGUCAUUGUAUUGAGCUGGGCGUCGAACACGAUUCCACGCCCUGCAUACAAGCGCGCUGCUGGACUCGGUAUGAUCAACUGUCUCUCGAACCUGGCCAAUCUCACUGGCUCGUACGUGUGGCCCAAGGCUUGGGGACCCACCUACUGGCGCAGCUACACUAUUGCAGCCUGCGCCUUCAUUGUCUGCAUCACCUGCGGUGUCGUCCUCAAGCUCCACCUCCAGCGACUCAACAAGGAGCUCGACAGGACGCAGGGUCCCCCUGUGCCGCUCCCUUCUGCCGAUGAUGAGGAGAACGCUGAGCCUUUGACGGAUGAGCAGCGUGUCGAGCGAGCCAGGCUUCAUUUCCGCUACCUCGUGUGAUUCGCCUUGAUCAGAAAUACCAUCGUCAUCAUCAUCAUCG